CUGUGGUGUAACCAAAGUUUGUAAAUUUUCAGUUUUUCAGCAAAUUUUAUUGAUUAAUUUCAAUAAAUUUAUAACUAUGGGAAAGGACAAAACCAAGAAAAGGCGGCACUCCGCAUCUAGUUCGUCUGAAUCAAGUGAAAGUAGCGAUUCCUCACAGGAGAAGAAGAAGCUGCGGAAAUUAAAGAAAAAACUAAAGAAAGAACAGCGAAAAACUGAGAAAAUUCUCAAGAAAAAACUAAAAGAAGAGAAAAAGAAGCUUAAGAAGUCUAAGAGUAAAAGCAAGGAUCGUAGUAGCGAUGCCAGUGAUCAUAAUACCAUAGGUCCUGCUGCUGAUAUUCCCAUAGCAUUAAUGGAGAAAUCAAAAGCCAUGGCCCCAAUGACCAAAGAAGAAUGGGAGAAGAGACAGAGCAUAGUCAGAAGAGUUCUUGAUGAAGAAACUGGGAGAUACAGAUUAAUAAAAGGUGAUGGAGAGGUAUUGGAAGAGAUAGUGUCAAGAGAUAGACAUAAGGAGAUCAACCGCCAAGCGACACAGGCUGACGGGCAAUACUUCCAGAGUCAGACCGUUGAACGAAAGAAGCUAUAGUUUCCAUUUAGGUGUUGUUUCUAUUUCAGGUAAUAGUAUGUUCACUGACAAAGCUUCUUCUCUUCACUAUUAUUAUUAUAU